GCCAACAAACACUUUCUUGCUUUCCUGAACAGAGCAUACAUAGCAUAGCUUUGAAUAAUUAUUUAUAUUAUUAUUAAUUAAUUUAUAUAUAUAUUCAAAGUUGAUGGCUUUGAUGAUGAUGGUGAUGACCCAACUUUAGUCUCAUCACUUUCUUUUGCUCUCUUCUUCUUUUGGUUUGAGCCUGUUGGGAUUAGUUUUAUUUUUGUCUAUUUCUGACAUUCUGGGAUCUGAGAAGAUCGGAAUCCUUAAAAAAAUCGUGGUCUUAUGGGUUCUUGUUCGGACAAGCUGUUCAAAAGAGAGAGAACAGUACAUGAGAUUCUGGGAGGUGGCAUUAUUGCAGAUGUGAUCCUGUGGAGGAACAAGAACGUGAGUGUUGGUAUAGUUACAGUAACAAUAAGCUCAUGGAUGGUGUUUGAGAGCUUUGCGUACACCAUCCUCACUCUUCUUUCAAGUGUUCUUCUCCUCUUGCUCUCUAUCCUCUUCCUCUGGUCCAAAUCUGCAUCUAUUCUCAACAGGCCCUCACCGCCAUUGCCAGAGUUUCAAAUAAGUGAAGAAAUGGCUGAAGUAGCUUCCAAGUUGUUACGCUUCCAUGUGAACAAACUACUUCAAGUGACGUAUGACGUUGCGAUGGGAAGAGACACAGAGUUGUUUAUCAAAGUAGCUGUCUAUCUGUUUCUCAUCUCACUCGUUGGAAGUCUCAUGGAUUUUCAGACACUUUGCCACACCGGUGUUUUGGUGGUAAUGACCGUUCCAGCUUUUUAUGAGAGAUACGAGGAUUGCAUAGAUGGAACUCUGGCGUUCAUCUACAACAAAGCUAAAGAGCUUUACCAUAGAUUCGAGAUACGGUCUUAUCUGAUAAAGAAGAAACUGAGCUGAAUACUGUAAGAGUUUCUUCUUCUUCUUCUUCCUGAUUUAUCAGUUUUGUAAAAGAAAAGACGAAAAUGUAUGAUUUUGAUGAAUGUUUAAAUGGUACAGCACCCACAUAAAUUUA